AACUUCGUCCGCUCCGAGGAGUCGUCUGUUUGCUGUCCGUGCCGGCGAUCGGGAUUCGGGGCUCGAAGGGUGCACGGUGUGGGCCCUUCUGCCGCUCCCACUGCUGUUUUUUCCCGCGCGAUCCAAGUGGGAAGACAAGGUGCUAGAUGUCAUUGCAUUGAUUCAGUGCUGCGCUACUACAGGCCUAGUAAUCUCCUUCCCAACAUGCGCUUUUGGAAGCUGGAGAGCCUGCUACCUCAGGAACUGGGCCGAUCAUUGUAUCCAGUUUCAAACCUACUUCCGGCUCGUGGCGAUAGUUGAAAUCCCCCCAGCAAUGGAUAAAUUCGUCAUCCGAACACCUCGUGUCCAAACCAGCCCUCAGAAGAAAGAUCCCGGAGCCAAAACGUACAAGCAGGCCACGAUUGAAUCUCUGAAGAGAGUUGUGGUUGUAGAAGACAUCAAGAGAUGGAAAACGAUGUUGGAGCUGCCUGAUCAGACCAAAGAGAAUCUAGUUGAAGCCUUACAAGAACUAAAGAAGAAGAUACCCUCUAGGGAAGUGUUAAAGUCGACAAGGAUAGGUCAUACUGUGAACAAGAUGCGGGAACACUCAGACUUAGAAGUGGCUUGUCUUGCCAAAGAAGUUUACACUGAGUGGAGAACUUUCAUGGAAGAACAUUUGGAUAGACCUUCUAUUGAAGUCCGGAGUGAUCCCAAAACUGAGAUGUUUAGGAAAAAUGCCCAGAAAUUGCUCUCAGAAGCUUUGGAAUUAAAGAUGGAUCACCUACUGGUUGAAAAUAUUGAGCGGGAAACAUUUCAUCUCUGUUCCCGCCUCAUUAAUAGGCCCUACCGGCGGACGGUGAGAGCCCUGGUCUUCACAUUAAAGCACCGAGCUGAAAUCCGGGCCCAGGUGAAGAACGGCUCGCUGCCAGUCGGCACAUUUGUAAAGACCCACAAAAAGUGACCCGAGGAUGUUCCAACCCUGGGCUGGGCAGAGCGGAAAGCAGGCCCCCCUCUCUCUGCCAUUCAAAGCCUCCUUUGAGUUUGGGUGAUGGCUGAAGCAGGCUGGGUAAAUUUUCCCAUGGUGCCGAGAGCCCUGGGAGCCGGGCCUGCAGGAGCCGCGCUCCUUCAUUAGCCUGAGCAGCGCUGGGGCUGCCUAACAGGGCGCCUGGGCGGGCUGUCACCCGGCAGCGCCAUGCGAUUGCCAUCACCCAGCUCAGUAAAAGGGUGAUGGAUUCCACUGCGAGUAUGCCAGGGACACCUCUGAACUUCCCCCACGUCAGGCAGAGGGAGUUCCUACUUUAUUUCGCCACCCUGCAGGUACCUGAAACUCAAUUACUGCUGCCGCUCACUCGGUUCCAUCCCCUGAGUUUAGAUAGCUCCGGUGCCUCUCAGAACUCCCCCGUCUGUUCUCUUUGCUCUACCCCAGGGGUGAGCCCGCUGGAGCCAGCCGACUACCCCUUCUUCCCAGAGCUCACUUAUCUGAACGCUUCAGCUCUCCCUCCAAGACCUUCUGUGUUGGUCUCCGAGCCCCCAUGCUGAGGCUUCUAAUGAGGAACUGGCCUGCAGGCCCCCCCCCCCAACCCUGGGGUUUAUUUGAAUAUGCUGCCUCUCAGCUUAGGGCUAUGCAGAAGAUAUAUAAUGACAUUUCUCUUGAACUGAAUUACUGUAGUAGGGGGAAAAAACCAAAACAUAUAUUUUUACAUGAAAUCCCUCUGUACAUACCUACUACUUGAACAAUUACAUAAAUGAGACUUGCUUUUUAAAGUAACAUUAAGCUGGGAUUGUUUUCUUUCCGUGAAACAAAAGGUAUGACUUGUUUAUGUGAAAAAUGUUUUGAGUCUAAAACUGAUUGUGGUGAUGAUUGUAAAGCUCUUCUGGAUGUGAUUGAGCUAUUGAAUUGUAUGAGCUGUGGUUUAUGUCCCAUUAAAACUGUUUUAAAGAGAAAGUGCUUUGGGUUGAGAACGGGUACAGUCAGUGGGUGAAAUGAGAGGACCCUAGGACAAGAAGUCAAGGGAGCUAGCAAAAGCUUGGGUAGUUAAGUGACCUUUGACCCGUCCGAGAAAGGCACGCCAGUCUGUUUCUGUGGGUUUGCAGCCUCGAAACCCCUGUGGGACCCUUCUCCUCUGCCCCAUGGGGUUGUGCAGUCAGAAUUGACUUGCUAGCAGUGGGUUAAGGACGAGUUUUUAGCCAAGGGGAGACUGGAAAUGCUGGGCUGCUCCCUGAAAGAUUGGUGGUUGGAACCUCAGGGGAAAACUCUUUGGCAACCUGCUUCCAACAGGUCCCAGCCGUGAGAACCCGUGGAAGGCAG